GAGAGAGAGAGAGAGAGAGAGAGAGAUCAGUUAGAAGUGAAAGUGAAAGUCAGCAGGUUGUUUUAGUGAAGAGUAAAAACAGGAAGUUCUUUGUGGAAUAAAAUCACAGAUCCAGUUAUGUUUAUAAUAUAAAACAUUUGACUUUUUGUUAUAAUGUCUCGGGAGUGUGAGAAACUCCAGACCUCUGAAAUGAGUCUACAAGAGGAGAAGCACAAGAGUGGUUUUGAGAAAAGGCCAGACUUCCCUGUGUCCAGCUGUGUGUCUCUCAAGAGUGACCAUUCAAUGGGAAUCCCUCUCAACUUUACAGGUGGAACAUCCUCUAUGGAAAGUGGAUCCGACAAAAGGCCAGACUUCCCUGUGUCCAGCUGUGUGUCUCUCAAGAGUGAGAAAUCAAUGGGAAUCCCUCUUACCUUUACAGGUGGAACAUCCUCUAUGGAAAGUGGAUCUGAGAAAAGGCCAGACCCUCCUGUGCCCAGCUAUGCGUCUCUCAAACGGCACAAAUCAAUGUCAGUCCCUCCCAACUUUACAGGUGGAACAUCCUCUAAGGAAAGAGACGACCCUGAGAAAGCAUUUGUAGGAAGUCUCACAUUAGAUAAGAAGAUUCCAGACUUCCUUCACAACAUCUUUACAGAUCUGGAGAAUAAAAUGAUUGUAUUUAUAAAACAUGAGCUGGAGAUGUUUAAGAAACUCCUAAAAAAACAAAAUACAAAAUAUUAUAAAGAUGUGAGGGAUGAUCUGUGGAGUGUUAAAGAAGCAGCUCUUGAUAUGGCAUUGUACUUUCUGAAGUUGAUGGAACACAAUGACCUCGCUGAUGCACUCCAAGAUGCACUAAUAGAAGUUCAGCAGCGUGCACUCAAAUCAAACCUGCAUAAGAAAUACAAUCAUGUGUGUGAAGGAAUUGCAAAGCAAGGAGAGUCCAACAUUCUCAACAAGAUCUACACAGAUCUGUACAUCACUGAAGGUGGAGUUCAACAAAUGAAUGAACAACAUGAAGUGAGACAAAUUGAAAAGCAAAAAACUAGUGUUAAAGUUGAAGAAACCCAAAUGGAGCAAGAGGAACAAAUUGAAUGCAAGAACAUGUUCACACCAUCACCUGGAGAAGAAAAACCCAUCAGAACUGUGGUGACACAGGGGAUCGCUGGUAUCGGAAAAUCCAUCUGUGUGCAGAAGUUUGUUCUAGACUGGGCUGAAGGGAAAGAAUAUCAGGACAUCAAGUUCAUAUUUCCACUGCCUUUCAGAGAACUGAACCUGAAAGAAAAGGAAAAAUGCAGCUUGAGGGACGUCAUCUAUCAAUUUUUUCCAGAAACAAAACGAAUGAGAUUCACAGACAGGUAUAAAGUCAUGUUCAUCUUUGAUGGCCUGGAUGAGUGUCGACUUCUUCUAACAUUCCAUAAAAACCAGAAAUUGACUGAUGUAACAGAAAAAGCCUCACUGGACACUAUAAUGACAAACCUCAUUGAAGGAAAUCUGCUUCCAUCUGCUCUCAUCUGGAUAACCACUCGACCAGCAGCAGCUGCUAAGAUCCCUGCUGAACAUGUGGACCGGGUCACAGAGGUGCGUGGCUUCAAUGAUGUACAAAAGGUGGAGUACUUCAGGAAGAAAAUCAGUGAUGAGAGUCUGGCCAACAGAAUCAUUGGUCAUAUUAAAGGAUCAAGAAGCCUCUUCAUCAUGUGUCAUAUUCCAGUCUUCUGCUGGAUUUCAGCCACUGUACUUGAGAGGAUUUUGGGAAGAUCAGACAGUGAAGACAUUCCACAGACUCUGACGGAGAUGUACACAUGUUUUCUGAUCUUUCAGACCGUACAGGGGGACAAGAAAUACAAUAGAAAUAAUGCCUCAGACACUCCAUGGGAUAAAGAGGGAAUUCUUUCAUUGGGAAAGCUUGCCUUUAGUCACCUAGAAAAAAACAACCUGAUUUUCUAUGCAGAAGAUCUAAAAGCCUGUGGAAUUGACCCCAGUAACCUAGCAGUGUACUCAGGAGUGUGCACUCAGGAGACUGGCAGAUUUCUAGGCACAGUUUUCAGCUUUGUGCAUCUCAGCAUUCAGGAGUUCAUUGCUGCUUUGUUUACAUAUACAUGUGUCCGAAAUGAAAACAAGAAUGUUUUUGAUCAAUCAGAAGAGAGAAAAGAAACACAACUUAUUGAUUUACUAAAGGUUACAGUGGACCAGGCCUUACAGAGUGACAAUGGACACUUGGAUCUUUUCCUCCGUUUCCUUCUGGGUCUCUCAGUGGAGUCUAAUCAGAAGCUCAUUCGAGGUCUACUGACACACACAGGAAGCAGCUCUGACUGCCGAAAGGACAUAGUUAAAUACAUCAAGUUCAAGUUUGAUCAAAAUCCAUCUCCAGAGAGAUCAAUCAAUCUGUUCUACUGUCUGAACGAGUUAAAUGAUGAUUCACUGGUGAAAGAGAUCCAAAGCUACAUGAACUCAGGUCGUCUCUCUGAAGCUGAACUCUCACCUGCUCAGUGGUCUGCUCUGGUCUUUGUGUUGCUGACCUCAGAGGAGGAUCUGGAAGUGUUUGACCUACAGAAGUUUAUAAGAUCAGAUGAAUGCUUUAAGAGACUGUUACCAGUCGUCCAGGAAGCUACAACAGUUCUUCUCAGUGAGUGUAACCUGACAGAGAGAAGCUGCUCGGCUUUACACACAGUUCUCAGCUCAGAAUCCUCCAAGCUGACUGAGGUGGAUCUGAGCAGUAAUCCUCUGGAGGACUCAGGAGUGAAGCUGCUUUGUGCUGGACUGAAGAGUCCAAACUGUAAACUGGAGAAACUCAGGGUAAAUAACAGCAGGAUGACAAAUGAAGGUUGUGCUGCUCUGGGAUCAGCUCUGGGUUUAAACCCCUCACACCUGAGAGAACUGGAGCUGAGUGGGAAUAAACUGGGAGGAUCAGGAAUGAAGGAGCUCUGUGGUGUGCUGAAGAAUCAACAAUUCAAACUGCUGAAACUGGGGUUGUGUAAGUGCAGUCUCUCUGAAGAUGCCUGUACUGCUGUUGUAUCAGCUCUGAGAACAAACCCCUCACACCUCAAGGAGCUGGACCUGAGUCACAAUACAAUUGGAGACACAGGAAUGAAGCAGAUCUCUGAUCUACUGCAGAACUCAAACUGCACUCUGGAGACACUGAGACUAAAUAACUGUAGUCUCACACAAACACAAUGUGGUGAUCUGGCUAAAGCUCUGGAAUCAAACUCCUCAUCAUCUCUGAAAGAGCUGGAUCUCAGAGGAAACUCCAGUGUCUCAGACUGGAACAUUUUUAGAUAUUUUCUAGAGAAUUCAGACUCUGGAUUGAUUGUGAGAAUUUUGAGUCCUGAAGCAGAAAAGGCCUGUGAUUAUCUGACUAAAGUUCUGGGUACAAACCCCUUACUGCAGAGAGAACUGGAUCUGAGUGGGAAAAUAUCUGGAGACUCAGGAGUGAAGCAGCUCUCUGUUCUACUGAAGGAUCCACAGUGUAGAACUGAGAAACUCAGGCUGAAUAAGAGCAGUAUUACACACAGAGGCUGUACUGAUCUGAUAUCAGCUCUUACUUCAAACCCUUCACACCUGACAGAACUGGACCUGAGUGAGAACACACUGGGAAAUUCAGGAGGGAUUCAGAUCUCUACUCUACUAAAGAAUUCAUCCUGUAAACUCCAGAAGCUUCUACUUUCAGACUGUAAUAUAACAGAGGAAGGAUACACUGCUCUGAUUAAAGCUCUGAAGUCAGACCACUCAUCACUCCUGACAGAGCUGGACCUCAGAGGGAAUGAUCCUGGAGCAUCUGGACUGAAGGAGCUUAGGAAUCUGAUGAAUGAUAAAAAAUGUAAACUGAAGACACUGAGGGUGUUGAAAAGUCCUGAUGCACAGAAAGCUUCUGAUCAUCUGACUGAAGUUCUGGGUAUAAACCCGAUACUGCAGACGGAUCUGAAUCUGAGUGGGAAAAUAAAAGGAGACUCAGGAGUAGAGCAGCUCUCUGUUUUACUGAAGGAUCUACUGAAGGAUCCACACUGCAGACCUGAAACACUUCAGCUCAGUGAGUGUAAUCUGACAGAGAAAGGAUGUUCAGCUCUGCUCACAGCUCUCAGAUCAGAACACUCCACCCUGAAGGAGCUGAAUCUGAGUAAGAACAGGAUUCAGGAUUCAGGAGUGAAGCUGCUCUCUGAGGAACUGAAGAAUAAACUCUGUAAACUGGACACUCUGAGACUAAUGGACAAUAAUAUCAGAGAGGAAGGAUACACUGCUCUGGCUGAAGCUCUGAAAUCAUCUCACCUGAUAGAGCUGGAUCUCAGAGGGAACGACCCUGGAGCAUCAGGAGUGAAGCUGCUCACUGAUUUACUACAGGAUCCAAAAUGUAAACUAAAGACACUGAAGUGAGUUAGAUACAAUACAUGGUCAAAGGUUUGUGGACCCCUGAUCAUCACACCCAUAGGUGUUUCUUCCCUAAACUGUUACCAUGAAGUCAGAAGCACACAGCUGAUUUUGUACACCGUAACAUUCAAUUUCCCUUCACUGGAACUAAGAGUCCAAACCCUGUUCCAGCAUGACAAUGUCCCUGUGCACAAAGCAGCUCCAUGGAGACUUGGUGUUCAUGUUUGAGUAGAAGAACUUGUGUCCUGUACAGAGCCCUGACCUCAACUCCACUGAACACUGACUGCACCCCAGACCUCCUCACCCAACAUCAAUGUCUGAUCUCACUAAUGCUCUUGUAGCUGAAAGAACACAAAUCCACACAGCCACAAUCUUACAACCAGUACAGGGGUCGGCAACCCACAGCUCUUUCAUCCGUCUGGAGCCCCCUGUAGCUUUAAAAAAAAGAAAGAAAGGAAACAAAUAAAGGCUUUUUUAUUUGUUUUUUUUUCCCAAUGGAAUACAUUUUAUUUCCAAAUUGUGGUACUUUUGUUACAUUAAAAUAAAGUGUUUUGAUAUUUCUUUGCUCAAAAUAUGUGUCACUUGCUACAUGCAUUACCGGUGAUGGGUAACAGGAAGCAACCAUUGUGCUGCUACCGUUAAAAGGCCGAACACGGAGGGGGGGUUUCUGUGAGGCCGUGGUGGAUAAACACUAUCCACAUGGUGUCAGUGGCUACUGAUCGGCCACAGAGUAUGACAGGAAGACAUGAAGAUGAUGGUGUUUGCCAGAGAUUUACAAAGAGGUACCUUUUCUCAAUUCCACUCUUUGACAGAGUUAAAAAAAGCACACAAUCAAAUAAAUUAUGACUAUUUACACUGUGCAAUCAUAACAACGCAAACUGCAUUUGGGGAAAGAUUCUGUGAGUUCAGUGAAGAAAAAACACAUUAUCAUUCCUUUUAAUAUCCUGAACAUCGAUCCAUCCCUAUUGAACAUGGCUGCAUUCACAGGCGUAAGUCAACCGUAUCUUGAAACUGAACUGCCUGACAUAGCCAAUAAAUAUGUAUGGUAAAAGCCUGACAGCUAAUCUAAAAGAAGUAGUCCAUCAGAAGGCCACUCUUGCUCAGAAUCACAAAUGGAGCGAUACUGAAAACCAAAACCCGACAAACUUGUGUUUGAAAUAUGGAAUGCCGUUCCUGACACUUAUAUUAACAUGAAAUAUUAUGCAUUUGGAGUACUGUCUAUCUUUGGAUCCACAUAUUUAUGCAAGCAGCCUUUUUCCAGUAUGAACUACAUAAAAAGCAAACAUUGUUCACGCCUCAUGGAUGACUGCUUGUUAUCCUGUAUGAAGAUCAACGUCAUCUCUUACAACCCUGAAAUAGAUAAGCUCUGCAGUGAUGUUCAGGAACAGAAAUCACAUUAAUAAUUAGCUAUCAUUCAAUAUGCUGUUAUUUAGCAAAUAUAUACUGGAAUAAUUAAACAAACUGGCCAAUUAUUAUAUUUGCUCUUUUUAAUACGCUGCUACCAUAUGUUUAUUUUUUUUUUCAAAGUGGGCUGCUUUUUAUAUCAUUUAUUUUCCACAAAUAAGGGAAGGACUUAAACACC